AUGCCGGAUGCAUCCAACUACGACAAUAUCACGCCGGCUGAGCGACUGGCAGCCGUCGGCAUCGCACUAGUGGGUGUAGGCGGUUCAGUAAUCGCAUAUACGACGAUUCGAUGGAUUGGAAAGAGAGCGCAUCCACUUAUUAGUGUCAACUACUUUGCUACAUGGUGUACCAUUGUCAGCAUUGUAGCUCAACUCACGCUUCCUGGUAUCGGCUUCCUUCUCCCUGCUGAUGCAAAGGAGUGGGGAUAUCUGAUANNUUUCUUGGGUGAGUAG